CGGUAACAAACGUGGAGUCACCGCUUCCGGUUUGAGGCGGCUGCCGUUGCGGGGCGAAACCUCCAGAGCAGUGUUUGGUAAGAUGAGGGCAGAAGGAGGAGCCACAGAUGCCUGCAGCAGAGGUGUUUGCUGAAACUUCGGGCUUGGUUGGCUAAUAUAGCAGUGUGCAAAGACAGGAUGUUCUUGCUUCUUUGGGAAUCUUGAUCACCUCACUCCUUCCAGAAGCAAUCAGCUGAUGUCUUGGCUCACUGUCUGCCUGAGCGAAUGUCCACAACAGCAUGUGACUGGGUGUCCUCAAAUGAGAGGUGUCUUGCCAGGACUAUGGCAAAUCAGGAAGCCACUACAGGAAGCCAAUCAGAGGAGAGCAAUGCUUUGGACCUGCCAUCAGCUUAUGACAUAAGGGAUUACGUGUUGCAGAGACCCAGCCAGGAGGCCAACAGUGAGGCUUUUAGUUCUGAGGAAGCCUUUUCUAUUCCUUGCUCUUCUGAUACGGAUCCAGACGCUAGUAACUUAAAUACUGAACAAAAUGAUUCCUGGACCUCUGAGUACUCCUGGCUUGACCCUUCUGGGAAGGGCCCACCAGAGACAAACGCAGAGGAUGCCGGACUUCGGAAAUCUCUGGACACAUUCUAUGAAGUAUUUGGCCAUCCACAGCCAGCCUCUGGAAAUUCACUCUCCACAUCUGUCUACCAGUGCCUUUCUCAGAAAAUCAAUGAACUGAAGGGCAAGGAGAACCAAAAGUACACCCUCCGCAGUUUUCAAAUGGCGCAGGUCAUCUUCAACCGGGACGGCUGCUCCAUCUUACAGAAGCAUUCCAGGGACGCCCACUUUUACCCAACCAGAGAAGGAAGUGCGUCUCUGGAGGAUGAAAAGCUGACCCCAGGACUUUCAAAAGAAAUUAUUCAUUUCCUCUUGCAGCAGAACUUGAGGAAAGACCCAUAACUGUUGCCUGGUGGUGAGAGCAAGCAUAUGGGGGGUAGCCCUGUGGCUGAUACUGUUGGUGCAUCACCCAGAACCCCUCAGGUGUCUUGCCAGCUCUGUGUGCCCAACCCCCAGCUAAGUGCUUUGCAGGCAAAGGCUGGCAUCUGUGAUCUGGUCCUGGAGCCAGUUCAGCCCAAAUGGAGAGCCAGCAGUGUCUGGGGGUUUUAUUGCCUCCAUGGCCACCCCAUCCUAAGGCUGGUGACCAACUGGUUUGCGAGUCUGAAAGUCCAGCUUCCUUGUCCCCAGGAAGGACAUGCUCUGAGGCAUGAUUCAAGUUCCAGAGCUCUCCUCCUGAUCAGGCCAAGGCUGGGGCUUCGCAUGAAAUCUCACUCUUGCCUGGCUCCUUCCUUCCCCUGUCCUUCUCUUACUCACUGGUGUCUCCUGGGAGCGUUUCCUUAAUAAAUCUCUUGCACCUGAACCCUUGACUCAGAUUCUACUUCUGGAAGAAGCCGACCUAAGAGAAUAGGCUUCCGUUCAAUGAGGUUUUUUUCUUGUUUUUAAUUUAUUUAUUUUAUUUUUAUUUAUUUUUGGCUGUGUUGGGUCUUUCGUUGCUGCAUGGGGUUUUUUCUCUAAUUGCGGCGAGCGGGGGCUACUCUUUGUUGCGGUUCGCAGGCUUCUCAUUGCGUUGUAUUCUCUUGUUGUGGAGCAUGGGCUCUAGGCACGCGGGCCUCAGUAGUUGUGGCACGCAGGCUCAGUAGUUGUGGCUCACGGGGUCUAGAGCGCAGGCUCAGUAGUUGUGGCGCACGGGCUUAGGUGCUCUGCGGCAUGUGGGAUCUUCCCGGACCAGGGCUCAAACCUGUGUCCCCUGCAUUGGCGGGCGGAUUCUUAACCACUGCACCACCAGGGAAGCCCUCAGUGAGUUUUUUUGAAGGGAACAAAGCCUUAUGCUGAAUCAAGUAUAAGAAUUUUACCAAAUUGUAAAACUGUGGCCAUGUGAUUGGGAACGUAUGUCCCCCAAUAAUACAAAGAUUUAAAUAUGGUUCCAAAACAUGCAUCACAUCUUAAUCAUACCUUUGCCUCUCCAAAACCAGAGCUUCCUGUUUUAUAACAUUAACUGGGUAUGGAAGGAACAUUUGAGCCAUCUAAAAUAACAGCUAAGAUUCGCACAUUUUUUUUAAAAAAGGCUUUUCAUCUCCACCAGAUUGUAAACAUGAAAGGUGAGAAAAAAAAAAUGUGUACCACCCACCAAAGUAUGUGUAAGAUCACUUAUGAUAAGCUAGGCUGAUGGAUGCAAGCUUGUCAAUUUGUGGUGGAAGAGAAAAAGGAAUCCUUUGCCCAAGUGGACUCCUUCCUCUCAUUAUUUUUGUCUUCUGCCUGCCUGCUGCCAGCACCCUCUGUCACCCUCUGAAUGGCUGGCCCCUCACCCCUGUCCUUCCCUUGCUUCGCCAGGGAGCAGCUUUAUUUAUUUAUUUAUUUUUAAUUUAAAAAAAAAUUUAUUGGAGUAUAGUUGAUUUACCAUGUUGUGUUAGUUUCAGGUGUACAACAAAGUGAAUCAGUUAUACAUAUACAUAUACUCCCUCUUUUUUAGAUUCUUUUCCCAUACAGGCCAUUACAGAGUAUUGAGUAGAGUUCCCUGUGCUGUAUAGUAGUUCCUUUUUAGUUAUCUAUUUUAUAUAUAGUAGUGUGUAUAUGUCAAUCCCAAUUUUCUAAUUUAUUCCUCCCCACCCUUACCCCCUGGUAACCAUAAGUUUGUUUUCUACAUCUGUAACUCUAUUUCUGUUUUGUAGAUAAGUUCAUUUGUACCCUUUUUUUAUAUUUUUAAUUUAUUUUUAAUUUUUUUAUGUUUGGCUGCGUUGGGUCUUCAUUGCUGCACUUGGGCUUUCUCUAGUUGAGGCGAGCUGGGGCUACUCUUCGUUGCGGUGCACAGGCUUCUCAUUGGGGUGGCUUCUCUUGUUGUGGAGCAUGGGCUCUAGGUGCACGGGCUUCGGUAGUUGUGGCACACGGACUUAGGUGCUCUGCGGCAUGUGGGAUCUUCCCGGACCAGGGAUCAAACCUGCGUCCCCUGCAUUGGCAGGCAGAUUCUUAACCACCGUGCCACCAGGGAAGUCCCCUUACCCUUUUUUUAGAUUCCACACAUAAGUGAUAUCAUAUGAUAUUUGUCCUUCUCUGUCUAACUUCACUCAGUAUGACAAUCUCUAGGUCCAUCCACGUUGCUGCAAAUGGCAUUAUUUCAUUCUUUUUUAUGGAGCGCAGCUUUAAAUAGCCUGAGCAGGCCUGUGCUGGCAGGUUCUCUGCUUCUCAGCUGUGUCCUGAAUGUUCGUUUGAGAUUUGGUUGGUAGAAGGACAUCUCCUUGCACUGAGCUCCCUGAAAUUGUAAUCAGAAGCCUCGCACUAAUCGCUGCGCUAAUCCCUCUCUCGAAGGUCCUUCGAACAAAUUGUACUGACAGAAAGGGCUCUAUCACUUGACUGGGGAACAGUGAGAGAAGCUGGAAAUACUGAAAAAUUAGAUUUUGAGAAACUCUGGAUGAAAUUUAAUUGGCAUAAGGCUCUGUAAGGUUUCCAGAAAGCAGAUUAUGCAAAUAGAUCAGCCUACAUGUGUAUGUUAAGAAUGAGGGCACCCUCUCAGGCCAGGUCUCUUAGGGACUCUUGACUGGAGAGAGAAGCCCUUUUAAAAGUCAGGAAUUACAUAGUAAGGCUUCCAGCUUUGGGAUGAUUAGAGGUAGGAAGAAUAUCCACCUCGAAGGGCAGGCCCCACUGGAAGGAGACCUAACAGAAAGGAAAGAGGAAAUGAACAUGUCCUUGAGAAAACAAGACUCCAGAUCUUCCUCUGACAAGCAAUCAUCUGCAUUUUCUCCAAUUCAAUUGCCCCCCCCAAUAAUUUUGAAACCAGGGAGACUUAUAAUUGAAAAUCUACAGGUUGAAUUUUGAAGUUGCUAGUUUUAUUGUUUAUUGAUGUGUAGCAAAUCCAUAGAUGCCCUUGAAUGCUGUAGUCUUUAGCAUUAUUCUGUCACCAAAAUAUUGGACUUUAGUUUCCAUGGCUACCAACAGAAGGAAACUAGAUUAUUUUCUACUGUUUUUGAAGGACAAAAGAUACAAGCUAUUUGAAUUUCCAUGCUGGGAAGCAGCAGCUUCUGUUUGGCAGUGAGAUUUUAAUAUCAGCGAAUUUGUAAACUUUAUUAAUAUCAGUGCUGUGGCUGUUCAGAAAAAAGGUAAACUCUGAAAGCAGAGUAUUUAGAAGUCUAAAAACCAGAAUCACCUUAAGGUAAAAAAAGACUGUGGUGUGUGUUUACUUGUUUCUGAGUAAGUGCUUGUGACAGGUCAGUACAAAAUAUUUGAUUCCCUGCAAUCUCGCUCCUUAAUUUGAUCUUCAUGCAGUUAGGAUGGCAUUUUCCAUUUAUCACUGUUUACCUUUAAUGAAGACUAAGAGAUAAGGAUAUUAAGGCUCUGGCCUCUGGCAUCAUUGUCUAAUUCUGCCCUACAGAUCACUUCACUGACAUCAUCCUCUGAACGUUCUAUCUAAGAUAUCAUCUGUGACCCAUUUCAGAGAUGUAUGGGAGGAUGGAUUUGCUUGCAGGAACCUCAGAAUUCUAAGGAAGAGAACUGCUACCAGUGUUUUAAGUCUGUGUAACUGUUAUUCACUUCAUUAAUCUGUUUCUUUGCAUGACCUAUAUAUGUAAUAGAUUUUAUUACCGGUAAUUAGCACAAAACAAUACAGUGAUACUUUUAAAACUUUUAAAAACUUACUUUUUAAACUUUUUAUUGGUUACAAUCACACAGAAAAGUGUUUAUAAGUGAACAUCUUGAAGAUUUUUGCAAACUGAACCCACCUGUUAACCAGCGUCCCGCUCAGGCAGCAGACACUAUCAGCUAGCCCAGGCUGAGUGGAGAUUUUCAAAGAACUGAUCAGAAUGGUUUGCUCAGAUCAACGUUUCUCAAACCACUGGUUGUACACAAAAGAACUUUAGGUGCUAGAUGGACAAUGUUUAUUUUCAUUGUUAUCUAUUCAUUUAUAACUAUAAAAUAUUAUAACUACUAUGUCUGAUCUAUGCUUUUACAGAUAUUACAUAGGAUGCACCUAAUGUAAGUAUGUAAAAUUUUAAAAUGAAUUGAAGUAGUGAAAAAUUAACUUAAUAAUAGUGUAGGUAACAUUUAGAUAUAUCAAUAAUUAUGAAAGGUGGUAUACUGGAAAAUGAUUAAAAUUUGGAAUACAAUGGGGUAAUCUAUGGUAACUUCUGUGUUCUAGUCUCUAUUCUACCAUCUCUCUCCUGGAAUACUACAAGGAAGUUCCAUCAGGUCAAGACACAUCCACCUUUUCCAUUCUCUUUACCCUGCAGCCAUAGUGCAAAUCAUUUUAUUUUAUUUUUUAGCCAUACCACAUGGCUUGUGGGAUCUUAUUUCCCUGACCAGGGAUGGAACCUGGGCACCCCCACCCCAGCAGUGGAAGGGUGGAGUCCUAACCACUAGACCACCAGGGAAUUCCCAGUGCAAAUCCUUUUAAAAAGCAAAAUAUGCAUCAAUAGCUAGCAAAUUAAAGAGAAGGAGCUAGCCUUGUCAAAUGUGAAAAUGUUUCUAACUCUACAGUGAUUAAAGCAGCUAGAAAAGAAAGAUAGAUGAAGAAUAAUAGUUCAGCCCAUAAAUAGAUAUAAAUGUAGAUGGAAACUGAAUAUAUGAUGAAGGUAGCAUUUCAAAUCCAUGAGGAAAAGUGGAUUUUUUAGCAAAUGGUCUUAGCACAUUUGGCUCCCCACCCUGGGGGAGGAAAGGAAAAAAGGUUAGAUUCUUCACCUCACUCCUGAUAUCAAAAUGAAUUCCAGAUGGAUUAAAGAUUUCAAAAUUUAAAAAUAAAAUCAUAAAAAUGUUAGAAUAAAAAAUGAGUGUAUACAUAUACAUAUAUGGAAAGAGCUAUCUAGAUAUCUUGGAAUAGAGAAGAUCUUUCUAAGAAUGGCACAAAACCUGAAAAUCCUAAAGGAAAAAUGUGAUAAAUUUGACUUUUUAGAAAUAUUAAAAUUCUGCAGGCAAAAAAUAUUUAAGGUCAUAAACAAGAUCAAAAUGAGGAAAAAUACUGGGAACACAUGUAAUAAAGAGACUUUUUUAAUAAACAGAAUUGUUACAAAUUAUUAGAAAUAAACCAAAUGAAAAACCUGACAAAGGAUAUGAACUGAUAGUUAAGAAAAAAGUAUAUAUAAAUGGCUAAUAAGCAUAACAACCGUACUCAAACACGAAGAACUGCAAUUUAUGAGGUUAAAUUUUAAUUUAUUUAAAUAAGAUACCCUUAGUUGUUUUGGGUUUCUCUGUUUUUGUUUCUUGAUUUUUGUAUUUUGGAGGUGGUAAAAAAUUGGAAGGACUCUAGUUCUGGCAAGAGUACAGAGAGACAAGUGCUCUGAUUGACUAUCAAGGGGAAAGUAAAGUGGCAAAGCUUUUCUCAGGGCAAUUUGGCAACUUCUAUCAAAAUGAUGAAAGUCUACUUUCUUUGACCCAACAGCAGGGAACCAGACCUGGAAGGUCUCCUGCUGUCAUGGAGUUUACCCUCUAGUGGGUGACGGAACAGGCAAGGUAACUUCAAAUAGUGAGAGGUGCUUUGGGGCAAUAAAAGGGAUGUAGUAGUGCCUGGGGUGGGUGCUUAGACUGGGUGGUCUGAGAAGGACUCUGAAGAAGUGCCAUUUGAACUAAGAGCUGCAAGAUUCCCCAGAGCCAGCCACACAGAGGCUGGAGCAUCCAGGCAGAGGGAAUGGCAUGUGCGAAAUCAGUGUGAAACAGCCUGGUAUGAGCUCUGAGUGCCCAGAUGGAAGAAGGUCCCUGGGGCUAGAGCACAGUCUGCAGAGGGCAGAGUGGUAGAUGAGUUUCGUAAGCAGGGGGAGGCCUUUUAAGCCCAGAUGAGGGAGUAGAAUUUUAUUCUAAAGACAGUGGGACUUGAAGAUUUUAAGCAAAAUUAAGAUAAGUUGCCAUAUUCAUGGAAGUUUUUAAAAUUAAUUUAUUUAUUUGGCUGCAUUGGGUCUUGGUUGCAGCAUGUGGCAUCCUUCCGUUGUGGCGCACGGGCUCUUCGUUGCGGUGCACAAGCUUCUCUAGUUGCAGCUCACGGGCUUCUCUCUAGUUGUGGCAUGCAGGCACCAGAGCACACAGUCUCAGUAGUUGUGGCACGUGGGCUUAGUUGUCCCUCGGCAUGUGGGAUCUUAGUUCCCUAACCAGGGAUCGAACCUGCAUCCCCUGCACUGGAAGGCAGAUUCUUAACCACUGGACCACCAGGGAAGUCCCCAUGGGAAUUUAGUCUGUGUUAAGGGCAACAUUUCAAAACGCUGGUAAAUGUUGAAUCACCUAAGUAUUCUAUAAAUGGUGAGAUCUCCACCUCACAAUAUACACAAAAAUAAAGUCCAGAUGAUUAAAGAUCUAAGUGCAAAAAAAAAAAAAACCUCUAUAGAAUUGCAGAUGACAAUAAAGAUAAGUUUUUUAAUAAUCUUUGCAUGAGAAAGCACUUCCUAAAACAGAUAGCAAUGCAAAACAAUGAAAGACUGACAGUUAUGACUACAUAAAAGUAAAAAACUUUGAAAGAUAUCAUAAAUAUGUGAUAAUGGUAUUAUGGUUUUGUAAAAAAAAUAGAGAUGUAUACUGGAAGAUUUAGGGUAAAUGUCUUAAUGUCUAUAAUUUUCUAUUAAAUAAAAAAAAUUAUAAUACUUAAAAUACUUUAUCAGAAACAAGAUAAUGAAACAAAUAUGACAAAAUAUUAUCAGUUACCACAUCUAGGUAAUGAGUAU